UUCUGUUGUCUCGGCGGGUUGUUGGGCUGUGUGGGAGAGUAAAGGAUAUCGCGAGUAUUGGAGUUUUGGUGAGAGUUUGUGGAAGAUGGCGCCUGUUGUGACAGGGAAGUUCGGGGAGCGCCCUCAGCCACUGCGCCUAACGAGAGAAGCGAUGAGGAAUUACCUGAAGGAGCGAGGUGACCAAACUGUUAUGAUCCUGCACGCAAAAGUUGCACAGAAAUCCUAUGGCAAUGAGAAAAGGUUCUUCUGCCCUCCUCCCUGCGUUUACCUGAUGGGCAGCGGCUGGAAGAAAAAGAAGGAGCAGAUGGAGCGAGACGGCUGCUCCGAGCAGGAGUCGCAGCCCUGUGCCUUCAUCGGCAUCGGCAACAGCGACCAAGAAAUGCAGCAGCUUAACUUAGAGGGAAAGAACUAUUGCACAGCCAAAACCUUGUACAUAUCCGACUCCGACAAGAGAAAGCACUUCAUGUUGUCCGUCAAGAUGUUCUACGGCAACAGCGCUGACAUCGGCGUCUUCCUCAGCAAGAGGAUCAAAGUCAUCUCCAAGCCCUCCAAAAAGAAACAGUCGCUCAAAAACGCUGACUUGUGCAUCGCAUCAGGGACCAAGGUGGCACUUUUCAACCGGCUUCGGUCCCAAACAGUCAGCACGCGCUAUCUACACGUCGAGGGUGGCAACUUUCACGCCAGCUCCCAACAGUGGGGCGCCUUUUACAUCCACCUUUUGGACGACGAGGAGUCAGAAGGAGAAGAGUUCACUGUGAGAGACGGUUACAUCCACUACGGCCAGACAGUCAAGCUGGUCUGCUCUGUUACAGGCAUGGCCCUGCCCAGACUGAUCAUCCGUAAAGUGGACAAGCAGACGGCGCUGCUAGACGCCGACGACCCCGUCUCCCAGCUCCACAAGUGUGCCUUCUACCUGAAGGACACGGAACGCAUGUACUUGUGCCUUUCCCAAGAAAGGAUCAUCCAGUUUCAAGCCACUCCAUGCCCAAAGGAACCAAACAAGGAGAUGAUCAACGACGGCGCCUCCUGGACAAUCAUCAGCACAGACAAGGCUGAAUACACUUUCUACGAGGGCAUGGGCCCCGUCCACUCGCCUGUCACCCCCGUGCCUGUGGUGGAGAGCUUACAGCUAAACGGUGGAGGCGACGUCGCCAUGCUGGAGCUGACGGGACAGAACUUCACUCCAAAUCUGCGGGUCUGGUUCGGAGACGUUGAGGCCGAGACCAUGUACAGGUGUGCGGAGAGCAUGCUGUGCGUUGUGCCCGACAUCUCCGCCUUCCGCGAGGGCUGGCGGUGGGUGAGGCAGCCCGUCCAGGUGCCCGUCACGCUGGUCAGGAACGACGGCAUCAUCUACUCCACCACGCUGACCUUCACCUACACACCAGAGCCCGGGCCGCGGCCGCACUGCAGCGCCGCCGGGGCCAUCCUGCGGGUGGGAAACUCCACCCUGCUCAGCAACAACAGCCAGGAGGCCGGCCCCGGCGUCUACGGCCCCAACAGCACCUCCAACGCAGGAGUCACGUCCUCAUCCUCCGCCGCCGCAGCCGUGGUCUCCUAACGCACACAGGGGGCCACUCAAUACUAUAUGCCUUGAGAGCAGAUGUACCACAAGGUAUAUAAAAGACAAUGGGGAAAUAAUAAACAAAAGACUGACUCACUCUAAAGUGCUGCGUAUUCAUUUUGGAUACAAAGAAUCUGAAAUGGAAAAAAAUUGGUGGGAGAAAGAAGCAAACGCAGGAGGGAAUCUGAAGGAGGAGCUGUCAGCCAACGGGAAUAAGCGGGAAAAAAAGGUGCUCCUUGACACGCCCCCU